UAUUAUGAAUCCAUUGCAUUUUCUUUUCGAGACGCUGAAGAGAAAUGACAAGCUUACCUUCUUGACAGCAGGACUCUGAUAAUUGGGUACACUUUUGAACCUCCUGCAAUCAAAUUUUCACAAUUUUCUUUUAGUAUUAGAAAUGUAGAUUUACUCCCAAAGAUAGUUUCUCAUAGUUCAAUAAAUGUGGCGACGAUGGCCACGAAAAUAUUAGAAAGCACUCCGUCAAUCCAAAUUUUGGGCAACAAAUGGCGUAUUCGUAUCCGACUAUGAGAAGCGAUUCACGUAGAAGAUUAUGAAAUUGAAAUUUCCUAGAAAGUUGUUAUAUAUAAGUUCAGCACCCAUCUUGAACGGAUCCAAAGAAAGCAUCAUUCUAUUACAAUAGCAGAUUACUUUUACGCCAUUACGAUACCGUCGCAUAUUAAUUUUUUAUUCUAAUUAAUAAGGCUGCAAAAGGAUUCUUUACUUCAACAGAAAUUUUGUAUAAAUGUAUGGCAGAGUAACAAUUGCUACAGGACGAGAGGUUUCAUGACUUUACUAACAACAGAAAAACAGUGUAUUAUCGAUAUAUGAAUAAACAUUAUGAGCACAAGUUCUCCCAGAGAUAUUAAAGAGCAGAAGAUAUCAUUUGAGAACGAUAAUCAGCUCGAUACCUCUGAACUUUCAGGAUCUCCACCUCGCCGUUGGAAAAAUUGCACUCUACAAAGACGUGGUUCUCGCGCCUCUACGAUGUCAGAAGGUUUCGGCGACCGCUAUCGCUCUCGUUCUCGAGGUUCAUUAGAAUCUCAGUACAAUCCAGACGCUACUGAAAACCGCUGGUACCAUAAAAUUGAACAAUCCUCGAGUAGGAGUAAUAGAAACACAGAAGAGGAGUUGGAUAACAUGACUUCGCUUCACGAUCAGACGGUCCCGAAUCCAAUUGCAGAAGCAUGGAGAAAAUACUUCCGCAAACAAAUUCACUAAAUGAGGUUCUAUUGAUGAUUAUAAACGAAAAUAUAAACAAAACUGAAAAAUUCCCAUGUUUACAGCUGCGUUUUCAAUGAGAUCUGAUGAUAUAUAUAUAUACGCUUUGCAUGUGUUUACGGACAAGGCUGAAAGAAUGAAAGUAGUAUUUCUCAAUUACUAGAUCGUUAC